UAAAAAAAAUUUAAAUCGUAAAAAUUAAAACGUUACUAUAAUGUCUUUAUAUAAGAUAAAAUCCAAAAUUGCAAUUUUAUAUAUUUUGUUAGCAAUACAUAUAGAUAAAAAAAGGUGUAAGAAUGACGAAUUGACAAUAAGCAAAAAUUAUUUUCUAUUAAACGGUUGUAGAAAUAGAUUAAAAUAUAUAUUGCCUUUCACGUAUGUAUCUUAUGUAUGUAUCUUGAAAUAACUUUAAAUCGACUCCUUUCAUUUGAAUAAAGCUUAAAUGAAGCUAAUCUUUUUUUGUAAUGGAUUAAAUUGAUUGAUGUCGCAUAUGCCAAUUAGAAUAUGUUCGUACGCAAUCGAUGAUGCAAUUAUCCUCAACAAUCAGCUGGGUAAAUUGCGAGAAAGUAAGUUGUAAGUUCCGCUGGUAUUUAAUGUCAUAAUUUAAAACGUAAAUCUAAAUUAUUCAAUUAAUUAAAAAAAAAAGUCGACGAGUUAAAAACGCAACAAAUAUGAUAUGAUUAUUUUUAAGAGCAAAUUUAACUUUCAUAAAAAUUUAGAAGUUAGUUUUUUAAUUUCGAAUGCAAAUUAGAAAUGGGUUUUUCAUUACAUCAUUGCAUCAUUGAUUUAUGCCAUUAAUAGAACAAAAAUUUUCGUUCAAGUCACAAAUUUUUACACAGACUCAUAACGCAACUUCCACGUGUCGUGAGACACGAUCGUUCGUAUCGUUUGCGACAUCGCUAAUUGUAAUAAUGCGCAAGAUCCGGCGCUGGCGCCGAACGCGCUUUCCUCAUCGCGGAUUGACGCGCUGUGCCGCCGCUUAAAAUGAAUAAUGACCCGGAGCCAGUUAUACGGGUGCGAUUGUUAAGCGAGCAAAGCGAGCAAUCCCAAGGGUUGCGGAUUCCCUUUGUGCCACCCACACGCACUGCGUACAGGAAACUUCAUUUUCCGGUUGCGACCGGAAAUUUUGUCCUCUCAGAUUUACCGUAGCGGUUAUGUGAUGGCUUCUACAUGUAAAAUUUCAUUACAGUGAAAAUCGAACCCGCUGUGCGUUAAAUUUUUGUGCGGACAAUAGGAACCGAACGUUCUUUUGUUAGAAAACAACGUUUUCUCACGGACUAAAAUUCGUGAUCAGAAACUAAAUCGUUGAGUGUUCGCUUAAAAAUGUGGAAAGCUCCAAAAAAGGUACGACGAGUCCCGGGCAUUUGCCCCAUACCGAAUCUUUUGUCGCGUGUAUAAUGCAAUUAGCAUUUUAUGACAGCGCUACCCGGGAAAUGCACUCACAAGCACGUUUUCGACGUCACUUAUCUCCCUCGCACCAAAAGCAGGCGUCUGAGCACGUGCCUUUGAAGCUGACGUUCGCAACAUCCGCCGUGCACGACAGGGAAUCUUAACGACCUGUACUUAAACGAGUUAGACAGCACCGAUCCCGGUAUAGCGUGGCAAUUAAACACUUUUUUUCUAGUCACGAGACAAAAUAGAAUGCUUAGAGAAAAUAACUGGAAGUACGUGAAUCGUACGUGAGAAAUUUCGCGGCGUGUACGAUUCUAUCGUAAUGAAGCUGCCAUUACUGUUUAACAAUUGAUGGACAUUAAUGAUGGAUGUAUUAUAAUAAAAAUAAUUUAAACACAAAAGAUAUUUGUGGAUAAAUAAUUUUAAAGCAAUUUAUUUAUAAUGGAAAUUAAAAUAAAUAAAAACGAAAAAUAAUUUAAUCUAUCUUUUCGGGCUUUGAGCGACAUAAUAAUAUCAAAAGUUGUGUGAUUAUUUAUUGAUAAAAUACGUAAAUACUAUCACAGCAAAUAUGAUAUAUAAGUACGGAAAAUUUUUUUUUAAUAAUCACUUUUUUGUUACGAUUUAUCGAAGCUUGUUACCGAUAAUACUAUUAGCUGAGCAAGCUGAAUAUAGAAUUUUAAUGCUCUUUCGAUAUCGCGUGUUUACGUUUCAUUGAAAAUUACAGAUAUAAUUCUCACGAGCUGAAAAUAUGGUUAAUCUGGGUAUGUUGAAACGGUUUUUGUGCGAAUUCGCGCAAACGAAUGAAUGGAAACGAAGGGACGACAUAAACAAGAAAAUAUUCGUUUUCUCCCAGGAACUCGUGUGCAUUCGCGUGGGGGCUGUAAAUUUCUUGUAGGAUUCGAAUCUUGCGACUACACGUAUCAGCGCGGCGGGCAUAAAAAUUGUAAUUGCUUGCAGGAAAUUACAAGAUCGCGGUCUCGCGCUCGAUCCCAGAUGCGAUUAAAUGUUAAGCACAGCUUCCCGUAUACUCUCGUGCAGCGAGAUUCGACGCGAGUAAUAUAGGAAAUUAAUGAAGAAUACGUGACGUACGUUUUCGAGUACGUAGAAUAUGAUUGUUGUAAUUAUUAAUUAAUUUAAUAACCUAGAACAAUUUGAAAAUGAGCACGUACACAAGUAACGAAGUAACAGAAGGCAGAAACCUAUGCAUAGCGUAUAUAAUACAAUUUAAAUGAAAAGUAUGAUAUUAAAAGUUAGAGCAUUCAAAUGCUCUAAUUGAAUUGCAUUUAGGGUGAUUUUUAAUAUUAUUAGUGGUAAAUUUGAUAAAUCGAACUGGAAGAAAACAUUUUUUAAUAUAUUUUUUUAUAUUUAUAUCUUUGAAUAAAUAUUUUGCAUAUUUAGCAUGCAAUAUUUGUGUUAAGAAUGCAUUUAGUAUAAAGAUAUUUUCUUGCUUUCUCAUAAAUUUUAUUUUAUUGUUAUCUUUAUUAUCGGAGCUCAUUUAUAACGAUAUAAUACAUUUCGAUAAUAACGGUUUGGAUUAAUCUUAUCGGAGAGUGCAUUAAAUGUAUGUUAUUCCAGUUUAAUAGUUCAAUUUUACGCUGCAAAAUUGUGUUUAUGUUACGGGGAUAUAAAACAAGGAUAUCUUCGCGAAUAAACAUUAUAGAAAUAAUACUUCCGUGUGUACGUCAUAAAACUCUAAAGUUACUUGUAUGUACUCAGCAAACUUCAUCUUCGAUUGAAGCUUACAUAACUCCUAACCCUUGCAAAAAAUUAUAUAUACGAGGGUCACGUUUAUUGCAUCGUGGAUUAGUAAAAAAAAAAAAUGCACGCACGUACGUGAUUAGUAUGACGUAAUUAUUAUCCGCGGCGUUCAAAGAUGCGGCGCGAUUGACCGGUCGCACAUUCCAUUAUACAUCCUAUUAUCGGCGGCAAUUAACGUGGCGCUAUCUCAAUUCCGGUUCCUCGACUGUACGCGCAGGGAGUAAGUGUCGGAUUUACGAUGAGAUUAAGCGAGGGAGAAAUGAGAGGAGGGGAAAGGGAGAUUAAGGAGUGCAGGGGAUGAGCAUUGAAGAAACGAGAAUUACGUGUGGGAAGACGAAACCUUAUAGCGAAGUGCGUGUAGGCGAAGCCUCGACGAGCGAUCUCCGUCCUCAUCCGUCGUUUUUCGCAUCCUUCGCUCUUUUUGCAGUCGCCUUCUCGCGUCUCGACAACGACAGACGCUGCCAAAAGGAGGAUGAUGAUGAAGACGGCUCGACGACACGCUAAGGCGAUGAUAACGGGGUAGACAAGCGACAGAGUCAAUUUGUUCCGACUUGACCUCAAAUUUCACUCCAUGUUUCUUAAGUAUUUGCGUAUUUAUAGAUAGUUUAUAGAUUGUCCAUCAAACUUUAAUUAAAAAUUCCCAACAAGGAUGUACUAUUAAAUACUACUGCUAAUAGUUUUUAGUAUAAAAAUUGUAACUGAAAAUGAUUAAAUAAAAUGUAAAAAAAGUUAUAGGUGAAGUUAGAUCAGCAACGUAAAGUCUUGCGUUUUAAAUUAAAAUAUUUAUUUCUAUUCAUAUAUCUAUAUAAAAUAACAAAAUAAAAAGAAUAAAUAAAAAAGUAAAUAAAAUAGAAGAAUAAAAAAAAUAUCAUAAAUCUAUAUCUAAUAUUUGUAUAUAUAUUUUUGCAUUUAUAUAAAUCUUUGUAGCUUUUAUAAUAUUUCAUAAGUUAAAGAGCGCUGUUCAGAUAAAGAGAAAAGUAAGAAUCGCGAACAAACUUGUCGACACGGCGACCGUUGCUCCCGUUUUCUGCGGAGCGAAAGGCCCCGCGGCUUGUCGCAUGUGCGAAGUCUGCUUUUAUCCUGGUAUUACCAUUCAAGCGUAACGAAACCGCAUAGGUGCUGUCUAUCGCGCUGUUUGAACAAGCGAACGCCACGACACGCCAAUAUUCGGCGAUAUUUAAACAUGGGCUUGCCCGACCGGUGACAAACUUAUCUUUAAACUUGGCGAAUAUUUUUCAGAUUAUUUGCAAAAUAAAAAAAAACUUUUUUUAUCGCAAAGAGUGUUUCCAUAUAAAUCAAAAUCAGUAUAUAAAAAUAUGUGAUACUUGUGUGAGAUAAACAGAAUUGACGGAUGAAUCAAAUUCGAAAAAAUGAAGAUUAGAUCAUUGACUUAUUUCCACUCAUUUCAGAAAGUUAUCGCUUCUUCACUUUCGGUUAACUUCAAAUAAUCACGAAGUGUCAAAAUUUUAGUUACAAUUUGCAGGGGAUUAUACAAAAGUGGAUAAAUUAAUAGUUUAAAGGGAUCUCCAAGAGUUUAAGAACGCAGAGAAGCGGAAACGACAAAUUUCUACAAGAUGACGAAAGUUCUCAGAACGAUCAGCAAAGUUAACUCGCGUUAACCUGUACGUUUAGCAGUUACAAUAACCUCUUAGAACUCUAUCUUUUUAAGUGUAAAAGGAGAAAGAAAGAAAAAAAGAGAGGAAAAGAUAAAAUCGAAACAGAAAAUUAAAUCUUUGUCCGACCGUGAAUUCUCGCGAAGUUAAACUUAUGCAAAUUGUCGUGAAAUAACAAAGUCACUGAAAAACAUUAUGGAUCGUUAAAAAAUGAUGUACAUCCUUUCCCGAGGAUAAUGAAUAUUUUAUCGUGUACAUCAUAAAUGAUCCAUUAGUGUCCAGCACUUAUAAUAGCCCUAUACAAAAAUCGCACGUUAUCGUUCCCCUUGUUAAAAAUGAUUAUUCAUUAUUGGGCCCUAAAGUGGGAUGCAUUAUGGGCGCGCAGUCAUAUGAAAUCGACCGAAAGAAUUUGCACAGAGCCGAACAAGGGCAGCUGUAACAUAAUGUUGGGUAGCUUCUUUCUUCGUAGGGGAGCGGCGGAGCGAUUUGCAUAUGCUUGCCGGACACUGGGUAGCAUGCUUAUUUCGGGAUUUGAAUCGAUUGACAGACGGAGAGACGGACGGACGGACGACCAGUUUAGUGACCGGUGCAAAAUUUGUAGGCAUUCGACAAUGAAAAUUGCAUUCGUGAUCACGUACCGCGAAGCAACUUUCGCGACUGCCAUUGUCACGCAUUAUUCCGGCCUUACACCUUCAUGUGCCGAUUAUCAUAAUCAUUGUGUGUACCAUUUUCAGUCAUUAGUCAAAUAGAAAUUUUUUGCUUCUCGCGCGAGUAAUAUAAAAUUAAAAGUAAAACGUAAUAUUAAAACUUAAAAUUAAAAUUACUUUAAACCUAUUUUGCUAUAUUUCUUCCUAUGUUUUCCAUGUAUAAUUUUAUCCAUGUUAGUGUAUAUUUUAGAUAAGAUCUGGAAACCAAAAUUAUGUCCGGUAUUUGCGACAAAAGCGACAAACUACGAAAGAAAGUUUCGCGUUCUCAAGUAAGAAAAUUAAUUGCAAUUAUUUUACAAACUGCUUAAUUUUUAUCAUGAACUUUUAGUUUCUACUUCUAGUAACUUUAAAAAUCUAUAAAAAGAUAAAAUUGUGUGUGUAAUUAUUUCGAUCAAGUAUUAAUAUUAAACAACGACGCAUCACAUCGUACAUGCCGCAUGAUAAGGUUUUAAGAGUUACAAAUAUUCAAACGGCGAUGCUGAAUGGCGCGAUUCAUUCGGAAAGGGCGUUUCAUGAAUCACGAGAUUCCUUUCAUUCUCUCUCUCUGUGAUCCCGCAAAAAAGACCGGACGAUGACGGACCGGACGACGUCUCUGUAUUUCGCUCCCUGGCUAAACCGUUGAGAAAGAAAUGUCGCAGACCCGUCUGCGUUAAUUCGCGGUGACAUACGUAGCCGUAAAUGAGUCAUCACGAAAAGGAGGCUCCUCUUGCCACGCUCUCCUCGUCUUUGACACGUUUUCCUUUCUCUUGUUCUUCAUACUGUCCUCCGCAUAUUUUCUUCCUCCGAGCACAUCCUGCGCGAUCGACUGUCCUUUUUUACUUCCUCUGUUCGGUCUCUUUCACUUCGCUUUCUUAUCCGGCGUGUAUACUUUUUUCUACCCUUUAACUUUUCUCCUCGCGCCGCAGAAUAAAUACCGUAAAGCCGCCGCUUUGUCAUGUGGUAUUUUCUAGUCAGCAAUUAAAAUUAAAAUAUUAAUUCACCGCACGAUUGUGAUUAAGUAGCGAUCGUGCUCGCACUGUUGCAAUUAAUAUUCAGGAUAGAGACUUUGUUAUUAAACUAUAAUAACAGAUAUAAUACUUUCUAUUUUCCAUAUUACGUAAAGUUGUGACAAUAAAUGUGCAAAAUAUACGUCUGUAUAUAAUCUUAAAAAUAUAAGGUAAGUUGAGGUAGAAGCCACGCCUUAAAAUUUCCAUGUUUAUGUGUAAAUUGUGCUAAUAAUAUGCUUGAUAUUCAGUAGUGUGUCGACGGUCGUAAUUCUUUCACUUUUCUUCAACUUACUGUACUUGUUUCUAAAAAAAAAUGUUAUCCAUGAUUUAAAAAAACGGUUGUUGUACGUUACUUAACUAUGCAACAAUAAAUGCAGAAGUAUUGCCUACCGGAUCGGUGCGAAAUGGGAGCUACCCAACGUGACAUUUGCAAGCGGAUAGAAAAAAAUAUAUUAUAUCUCUCUGUCGGUUAACAAGCCGGCAACAGGCGGCACAGCCAGUGGUCGAAGUCGCCGAGCGAUACAAGACGCGUAAUUCGAGCCUGAACCAUCGCAACCUUGAUCUCGCUAUCACGUACCGCAAAGAUCCCUUUCUUUCUUCUCGCGAUCUGAACCGCGAUCGGGUACUGCGACAUUUAACGCGAAAUUUAUUGGAAAAGGCGCGGCUAAGGAGUUUCACAAGAGUGGAGAUCUCAAAAGGUGGUCAGGCUAUACCACGGGUAAAGGCGCGCUAUAAGCUCGAAUAAUGCGAUAUGAAAUAUAUAACGUAAUUCGAUUCCCGACAGUCUCGUGACCUUGAACGUACGCUGCCCAUCUGCCACUAUGGUUCAGUAUCCGUCGGGAAGCACUGUGCUGGAGUGCCAGUUCGAAGCCGAUCGACCGGUAGCCCGGAUCGUCCAGGUGCCUGCCGCAGUGACCGAUCGGGAUGGGUGUCUACUCGUGAAGAAGAAAUCAUCGUCCGACUCGAGGAUGGCAUCGCAACGCAAAGACGUAAAAAAACAGCGGGUUCGCCCGAGUGAUAGCUGUCAGAAACGGACAACUGAUAAAUUCAUCUUUCCAACAGCCUGUACCCUAAAAUCUUAUGAUCCCACCGACGGUUCGCUUGCUCUAGCUGAUAAAGUACAAAUUGCCUCCUCGAUUUUGGGGGCUGACAAGGACAAAAAGCAACUCGAUUCCAGCUCCAAAAUGUUGGCAAAAUGUUCAUCAUCGAAAAACAUUUUAAAGGAAUUUUAUUGCGGCGGCAAAUCGUCUAAGCAGCCAAUGACAUUCAUUGAAUGUGCAACAACACCGAAGGGUCCAUUGACUAGAGUCACUCAGUGCUCAACAAAGACAAAAGACGGUGGUACUAAUUAUUAUAUAUAUUUAGGGAAGUCGAAGAAAGAUAGUUCUCACAAACUUAUUCCGUCAGUAACUGAUUCCGCUAAGAGGACAAUUCCUGAUAAAAAAGCAGAUUUGAAAAUCGAUAUUUUGGUCCUACCAGAGAUGAAAGGUUCACUUUCUCAAGUAACACGUAAGGACGGUUUGGAAAUACCUUCCGAAGUACCAUAUUCCUUAAAGAAACCCUCGAAAAGAUCCAAGACACGAAUUCGCAAAACCAGUUGUCAAGCAAUUCAACCAGCAGCUAAGGAUAGCAGCGAUAUCCUUUAUGCGAAAUCUUCGGAUGCAAAGGCUUCGCCGAUAAAAAUAUGCACGACGCAAAAGCAUCUUGACGCUCAACAAUUUCAGCGUUUGGCCUCGGAGCAGAGGCUGCAAACGGAGAUCAAGCGGAUAGAAUUUACAAAGUCGGAUAAAGCAGCAGCGUGUCAGAGAUCAGCGGUGGCCCCUAGGCGUACUUGCUUAACUCCUGACAGAGUUUCUGAGGAUACGUUGCGUUUGCCCAGCGCGCAAGAGUUGCGCGCUCGCUAUAAGGGUUACAUUCCAGCCUAUCAAUUGGAAAGAUACGAGGCUUGUCGCAUCAAAAGAAACGGUCUUCAGGACGAAUGUAUCCCACCGCUACUGCGAAAUCUACUGAAAAAAGAGGAGGAGCAACGUAUUUUGGAAAAGUGUAGCAAACGUGAACGGAAAGUAGAUCAAUUAUGUCAGAGUGGAAUGACUAUUCAAAUCAGAAUGAAUUGAUGAACCACAUCCAAACUAAAUUUCUGUAAUAUAUGGAAUAAUAUUAGAAAUUGAGAAAAUAAAAAUAAAUUAUAUUUUAUUGAAAAUAAGAUCAAAA